UGUUUGGUGAGGAGCAGUCUCGCUUGGGACGAGGAGAGAGCCAGGAGGAAGCUUGAAGCUCAGGAGACGGGCGGGAGCAAUGAAAUUGAAGCGGAUAAAAAUUAGACACCAAUAUUUGUUGGCAUUCAUACAAGGGAUGCUAGUUCAUCACAGACAAAUGUUGUACUGAGAUGGGCUUUUAUGUCAGUUGGCAGUUUAUUUUGGAUUCAUGGUUCUGGGGGUCUUUUUCUCCUAUUUCAUGUAGGAUUAAGUGAGGACAAAUAGCGAACUUUUCAAGAAGCGCCAUGAACUCAUCCAUCUUUCUCUAAGUUUCCUCAUUUCAAAUCACUUGCCGGGAGUCAUCUGAUGCCAACUGAGAAGACGUCUCCUUUAAGGGAACGUUGGAAGAAUUUGGUUCUGGAAACAUGAUCUCCAGACUCAGUGUCUUUCUUCUCUCGGUGCUCCUCAGUCUCCUCUCCCCCACCGAGGAGACCUGCCCAUCCAUGUGUCUCUGCACGUCAGACAUAGUGAGCUGCAGCUCCAGUGGUCUCACCAAGAUCCCCAAGUCACUGCCCUCUUUCUCCAUCACCCUCGAUGUCAGUCACAACCAAAUAUCCUGGCUUGGUCCGGGGAGCUUCAGCAAACUGUUCAGACUGGAAGACCUGUGGAUGGCCCACAACCAGAUCAGUAGCUUAGCCUACGGGGCAUUCCAGAAUGCCUCAAGUCUAAGAUAUCUUGACCUGUCUUCCAACAAGCUCCAAAGGGUUGAGCAGCACUAUUUCCAAGGACUGUGGAGGCUGGAGGAGCUCAUUCUUUUCAACAAUAAAAUCACACAGGUAGAAGCUGGAGCACUGAUGGGUCUGAGCAGCUUGAAGAAGGCCUACUUCAGCCACAACCAGAUCACACAAUUCCCGUUUUUCUCCAUCCAAGACCGCAGCCACCCUUUCCUGACCAUGCUGGAUCUCUCAUCCAACCGUAUAACCCAUCUGCCGUGGCAGGAUGUGAAAGCAUUGCCGGGAUUGGUGCAGCGGGGGCUCUUCCUUCAUAACAACUCCCUAAUUUGCGACUGCUCCAUGUACAGCAUGUUCUGGCACUGGGAUCUCAGAGGGUAUGACUCACUGAGGGAUUUCACAGACCAACACACCUGCAGCAUCUACGGGGACCCUCGAGCAUCAAUCCAGUUCCUGCGACACACUCGCUUUUUCAACAACUGCACCGUGGAAAGAGCCGUGUCACUGCCGGUGACAGUGCUCCUCUCCAAGGUGUUGGUUUCAGAGGGACAAAGGGUGCGUCUGGACUGCCAAACAUCCCUGAGUAGCGCCAAUCUCUCAUUUACAUGGUUUUCCCCCAGCCAGGGGCACAUCACGCAGUCCAACGUCGAUGACACUCCACUGACCUUGUUUGCUAAUGGUACUUUGGAGAUCCAAACAGCCAAGGUCAAUGACUCGGGCCUGUACGUGUGUACAGCGGUGGAUAUUAAAGAGGCACUGAAUGCAACCAGAGAAAUAAAUGUGACAGUGCUUUUGCCUGAAGUGGAGUCAUUCAGUACAGGUUACACAACACUGCUGGGCUGCGUGGUGACUAUGGUCCUCAUCCUCAUAUACCUUUACCUCACCCCAUGUCGAUGCAGCUGCUGUAAACAGCCCAACCCUCCAGUCAUCCCCACUGCAACAUACCAACCGGAGAAUCCAGCGGCCAUUUUCUCCUCAUGUGCAGGAGGCCACAUUGAGAAGCAUGUAGAAUUUAUCCAGCCUAUGUUGAUUGAGGAAGGACUUGAAUGGAAACAGGAAAGUUGAUGCAAAAAAAAAAAAAAAAAAACACCAUCGGACACAAGUGUUGAUUUCUCUUGUCAAACAACAUCAUCUUUCCUGGAUGUCACCUGCUGGUAAAAAGCACAAAAGUACCUCGUACUUUCUUCCUUAUUUGCACAAAAUGGCCAUGGAUUUUACACCCCAUAACUAUUUAGUAUAGCAGCACAAUGAUUGGCCAACGGUCAAGAAAGACUCGAAAUGCCACUUUCAAGGGUUUUUACACAGUAUUAAAGUCUUGUUGGUAUGGGUGUAAUGGUUUGCGGGUCAACCAGCAUGUUUGUAACUGCCCCUUUAUCAAAGUAGAGCACCAUACAAGCUGUAAGAUAAACAGUACGUUUCUAUUAUCCAACUGCAAAAAAAAAAAAAAAAAAGUGUUCUUUGUGUUUCUGAUAAAUCAUUCUGCAUUUUGAAUCAGUUUCAUUCACUGCUGAUAAAACCACAGACUGUAAAACCAGACUUGCAGCUUACUUUUCACUUGGAAAAAAAAAAUGUUGAAAUAUUUGUCAGGCAAGUCAACAAAACCGCCCAAAACGUCAGUUGGACAUGUUUUCAAUGACAGUGUUGCUUUGGUUACAACUGACACACUUUGAACAGUAUGAAAUUAACACAACCACAACAUGUUAACAGAAAUGACGAAUGCUUAAAGCACCUCCCAUGCAAGACCAAAGGGUUGACAGUAUAUUCUUCUUCUAUAUUUUUCUUUAUUUGGUGACAUUUACUAAAAUUGAGGAGAUAAAGGACGUUUAAGUGUUUCAUGUUGCAAUAGGUCAUGACAUGAAAGACAAUAGAGAGGUGGUCUUGGAAUCAUACAGCAGAGUUGAAGGAACAAAUCCAUUCUUUCCAAGCAUUUUUAUAUUUUUCCCCUAUAGUUUAAUCUUCAAGCAAACACUGCACCCGGGUUGAAUAAGAUUAGACAUAAUCCCCAUGUAGUGUCAAACAGAAAUCAACUGUAAGAGCAAGGCUCAUGCGAGCGGACUUGUAAUUAUUUCUAAACCCAUAUCCAAAACUGACCUUCUUUUACCGGGUCUAAUAUCGUUGAUAACUGGCAUGAAAAUUCACAAACAAACAAAAAAGGUGCAGCUUUAAAAUUCUAACGAGCAGCCAUGCACAAAGCUAUCCCCUCGUGCUGAGUUUAAUGGAUGAUGAAGUCUAAAAGUAACAUGGUGCUGUACACACGACUACUCAUUACUUUGUUUCUGAUUAGAAGACGUAUGUACAGAAAUAAAAUUGUUUCUGCAUGUGUGAUGAGCUAAACCGAGAUUUGGUUGUUGUCUAUGUGAACCAUGGUCUGAUACGAGCAAUUAUUCAAAGGUAUAAGCACUGUACAGUAAGUGAUAAAAACAAGGUAGCACUUAUCUAAUUACUCAGGAUGCAGUGUUUACAUUUGUUGUAAUGGCAAAAACAAAGUGAACUUCAUUUCGUUUCCAUCUGACCAUGAUGUAUGUGCCUGCCAGCCAAAACCAAGGUUCAGUGAUUUAGGCCCUGAGAAAAGUCAGUGGGGCACACAAUUGUAUUUGGUACGCACCGGCGAGUAGCACUAUAUACAAAGUACAGCUGCUAAAAUACAACGCACAUGCAUUCGAGCAUGUGCGCCAAAUGGGAGCGUUUGAUCACAACUCUGGACUCAUGCAAAAAUCGAAAUCAGUGCAUCGACAUUCAUGACGAAUAUUGACACUCCAUAAACGCGGUGGUGCCUUGACUUACGAGUUUAAUGUAACUCUUCUCUCAAAUGGUCUUUCUCCAUUGAAAUAAAUAAAAUAAACAAUCCAUUCUAGUGAACCAAAAAACAAAUAUACAUUUUAUGCAAUAAUAACACUCAACAAUAUUAUACUUUAUAAAAACAUACAAUAAUAAUAUCAUUUAAGAGAAUGUAAAUAUUUCGAACUUUGUGCACCAUGAUAAUUCAAUGGGCAUUGUGAUGCUUAUUCUGCUAUGCACUUUACCCAGUAAAAUACAUAUAUACAGGCAUACUAGACGUAGAUUUAAUGAUGAAACUCGGAAGAAGGCCAUCUCAACUGUGCUACUAUAAUCUAGCCAUCCGGUAUACCACAUUCUAUACCGCUUAUCCUGUUCAGGGUUGCGGCGAGUUGGAGCAUUAGGGCCACACUGAAAAUAAGAAAACACAAUAGUGCAAGAGUAAAGUUGGAAUGUUACAAAAAUAAAGCAAUAUAGCAACCUUCAUCUCAGAAAAUGAAAACUUUGUUUUCCUAACCUUGACUUUGUUUUCAUAGUGUUAAUUAUUUAUGUAUGUAUUUAUUUUUAAUGUAACCUAAUACUCCUUCGUAACGUUAGAAAGUAUUAGUUUUGAACCUGUCGUUCACUGAGCCCCAUUUAAAAUGCGUCAGUUUGAAGUGAAAAAAAAAACAACUUCAUGUUAUAUUCGUCAAGUCUAUUUCAUGUGUGUGGAGACGACCUUCUACCAUUCCUUUGGAUUUUCUUUGACAUGAUUGAUCAUUGAUUUUUGUCAUUGUCAUGUUGAAAAGCAAUUAAUCUUGUCCCUGGUUAAAUAAAAUGGUUCCAUUCAAA